ACCUGGCGGGCUGCCGAGGACACCACUUCUCUGGCAGGCCUUCAAGUGGGGGCUGCUCAUUCUUCCAGGUCCUCCUUCCUCUUGCCUUGUCUGAAGACAUGGAGGCAGAAAUCAGUUGUUCUCCCAGCUCUCCAGUGCUCUUCCCAAAGUUUUCCACCUUCUAAGAGCAUGUCCUUGUGUGGUGUCAGCAGUUCUGUUCUACCCACUCUUCCUGUUUAUCAUCAUCUGUCACCUUUUUUAAGUCUUUGCUGCUUAACCCAGUCAUUGAAUGAGCCGCAGUGGGUCUUGGUCGUGUAGACUUCAGGAACUCUACUUUCCGUACCUAAUAACUACUCAUGUCGUUGGUUGGGUCUUAACUUUGUUAUAACAAGCAAGUCUGAAAACACAGUAUCCUGGUCUCUGACCACUGUCGACCAUAACUAAGCGAAGAGCCAAAACAGGCUUGCUUCUUGCCCUGUGUGGAACUUAACUGCAGCUUACAUUCCUGUCUCUCCUUCGGCUUUCCACCUGAACCAAUUCAUUUGUAAGAUGUUUUCUGUCCCCUGAUGUGUCCACGCCGCUCUAUGGUUUCAAUCCUUUCCCAACUUGUGAAGAUCUCCUCUAAUUACCAGCAUGUUGUCUGGUCACUUUAAUACUAUGCUAUACUUGCUCUACAAAUUUCAAAUUGUGUACCUUUUAUAAGAUCUGUCCCCUUUGUCCCUGUCUACCUAAUUCCCAAGCACUGUAGGAAAAAUUCUCCAAUUAAAAGGAUCAGUCUCAUAUACGUAUCUAGUGAGGAGGGUUUGCGUUUGUUUGGUUUUGGUUUUGGUUUGGUUUGGUUUGGUUUUUCUUUUUUGACACAGGUUCUUCACUGUGUAGCCCUGGUUAAUAUGGAGCUCAGUAUGUAGACAAGGCUGGGCUGGAGGUCACAGAGCUUCACUCAUCUCUGCUUACUAAGUGCUGGGAUUAAAGGCAUUCCCACCAUAGUGUGUGUAUGUGUUUCCUGAUUUAUACAUUGGGUUUAUAUCUGUGAUAUUUCAUUACGUCACAUCUUUCUCUCUUAAUUUUAGUAACAGAUUCAGAAUUUAGAAUUCUCCCACCACUCUCUGGGCUUCAUCUUCUGUCUCUCACAAACCAAAUCGUGGUCACUAACAUGAACUCUGUGCACACCCUUAAAGCAGCUUCUGUCAUUUCAGAAGCUAAGUCUCCGUUCUUUCUCCCUUGUUACUUAUAAACAUUGGAGAAGGUUGCUAGGGACCAAGCAAACCUAGGGCCUAGUUUAUGCUAAGCAUCUUUUCUACCAACAAAGUACAUCCCAGCUCUUUACCCUUAGUAACCCUUAUUCUAAUAAUUAGUUUAAAUCAUGGUCUUCCCAACUUGUGGCAGGGAAGGAAACUUAACUGGACCAAUGGCUCCCUCUUGCUGUUUUCUGUGAUUUGCUACUUUUUUUUUUUUCCUUUUGGGCCAGCCAAGGUUUUAUUAGUUCAUGUAUAUUUUAUAAAACUCUACCUUCUCCUGUCUGUGAUUUUUGUCUUGUUUCCUCAGUCUUCUCAGACACAUUUCGGAUCAUAUUCUACCUCUUUAUGAAUGUUUAUGACUUUGUUUUGUUUCGAGACAGGUUUUUGCUCUAUAGUUCAGGCUGGCUUCAAAUUCACAAUCUUCCUGCUCCAGUCAUCCAGACUACUGAGACUCCAGGCAUGCCCCACUACACAUCGGCUUAAAACUCUGUAUGUUUCUUUCUGUGUCCUUGUGUUCCUUACUUGUAUAUCUCCUCUGCUCAGAGGACCUUACCUAUACUCAGAUCAUUGGCUGCCAGCACUCGAUGGUAAAUCUCACCUAAGAGAGACGGUGUGGCACCCACCUACCUCGUAUGUGUGAAUCUGAUUUCUUCCAGUGCCAGUUUUAUGACUGUGGGGAGGUUCUUUUAUUUUUCUUCAGUAAGUGGAAAUCAUAGCAACAUGUACUUCUUAAGUUGUUCUUUCUAUAACUGGGUUAAUAUAUGGAUAAAGUACUUAAAAUGCUGGUCAACAGAUAAUAAUAGUAAUGAAUGUCUCAGUUGAUACCCCCCCCCUUGAUUGGUAUUUUUCCUUGUCACCUCUGUUGAAUUCCACAUUUACAGUUUUCUUCUUUUGGAAACAAUGUAAGUUAUGUCUGACAAGUCUUAAGGUAGUCCACGGAGCUCUCAGGAAUCUUGUCUGCACAGUGAAGUCCCUUCUCUUUGUUACUUUGUCUUGACUGCCAUUUCUGUCAUUCUGCAAAUCAUUUUUUAUGUUCAUUCUAUUGACACACUGGUGAGCCUUGAGGACAGUAACCAUCUUUUUCAUUGCAUGUUUUCAACACUUACCGUAAAGCUAGGCCUGAAUAGUCGUGUUUCUGAAUGUUUUAAACAGAAAUGAAGAUGAAGAGCCAACUGUGAAAGAAGAAAUUGAGAAAGACAUCGAACCACAGGGUAUAAUAGUUACAAGAAUCAAAAGUGAACUUGAUCAGGAUCCUAUGGGUAGCGAAACCUUUGAACUUGUUGGUAGGUUAGAUAAACAAAGAGGAAUCUUCUUAUGGGAAAUACCACGUGAUUCUUUGACUGAGGAACAGAAAAUGUUCAGAGGACACACUAAUGUUCGUAAGAGACCAAACUCUGAAGAGAAAUGUCAUAAAUGUGAAGAAUGUGGAAAACGUUUUGUCCGCAAGGCCCAUUUCAUUCAGCAUCAAAGGGUCCACACUGGUGAGAAACCUUUUCAGUGCAACGAGUGUGGAAAAAGCUUUAGUCGCAGUUCAUUUGUUAUUGAGCAUCAGAGAAUUCACACUGGGGAACGGCCCUAUGAGUGUAAUUACUGUGGGAAAACCUUUAGUGUGAGCUCUACCCUUAUUAGGCACCAGAGAAUCCACACUGGGGAGAGGCCUUACCAGUGUAAUCAGUGUAAACAGAGCUUCAGCCAGAGAAGGAGUCUUGUUAAACAUCAAAGAAUUCACACUGGUGAGAAACCCCAUAAAUGUAGUGACUGUGGAAAAGCCUUCAGUUGGAAAUCGCAUCUUAUUGAGCAUCAGAGAACACACACUGGUGAGAAACCCUAUCACUGUACCAAAUGCAAGAAAAGCUUUAGUCGAAACUCACUGCUUGUUGAACACCAGAGAAUUCAUACUGGGGAAAGACCUCAUAAGUGUGGUGAAUGUGGGAAAGCUUUUAGAUUAAGUACAUACCUUAUACAACACCAAAAAAUACACACUGGUGAGAAGCCCUUUCUUUGUAUUGAAUGUGGCAAGAGUUUCAGUCGGAGCUCAUUCCUUAUUGAACAUCAAAGGAUUCAUACUGGUGAACGCCCUUAUCAGUGCCAAGAGUGUGGGAAAAGUUUCAGUCAACUUUGCAACCUUACUCGUCAUCAGAGAAUUCACACAGGAGACAAACCCCACAAGUGUGAGGAAUGUGGAAAAGCCUUCAGUAGAAGCUCAGGUCUCAUUCAGCAUCAGAGAAUACACAUCAGGGAAAAGACUUCUCCAUUCAAGGAAACUAAGGGAAGUUUUGAUCCAAACUGUGGUCUUGUUAUUCAGCAGGAAGUCUACCCUAAAGAAAAAUCUUACAAAUGUGAUGACUGCGGGAAAACGUUUAGUGUUAGUGCUCAUCUUGUACAACAUCAGAGGAUCCACACUGGUGAGAAGCCUUACCUGUGCACCGUCUGCGGGAAAAGCUUUAGUCGGAGCUCAUUUCUUAUUGAGCACCAGAGAAUCCACACUGGUGAGAGACCUUAUUUGUGCAGACAAUGUGGCAAAAGUUUUAGUCAACUUUGUAAUCUCAUCCGACAUCAGGGUGUUCACACUGGUAAUAAACCCCAUAAAUGUGAAGAGUGUGGGAAAGCCUUUAGUAGGAACUCAGGUCUCAUUCAGCACCAGAGAAUACACACAGGAGAGAAACCUUAUAGGUGUGAAAAAUGUGACAAAAGUUUCAGUCAACAGCGAAGCCUUGUCAACCAUCAGAAGAUCCAUGCGGAAGUGAAAACCCAAGAAAUUUAUGAAUGUGACGCUUGCGGCGAAGCCUUCACUUGUCAGAUUUCUCUAAUUCAGCAUCAAAAGUUACAUAUUAUGUGGAUGCAGUAAAAUUAGAGAUAUUUUAAUGCUCAAAUUUGAGACUAGCUACCGAAGUGCAGUUUUAGUAUGGCCCAACAUGGGUCAAAUAUAGUGAUAAAGCAAAUACUUGUUGGCCUCAUGAAAAAUGGUUUCUAAAGAUCUAUGGAUAGUGGACAAUGCCUGGGGGAAACUGACUUGCGAUUACUAGUUGCUUUCAUAGCCACAGAGAUCUGUUGUUGAUUUAGCUAACCUUUCAGUAGAGCUGACUGGGCAAAGCAUAUGGGAACGGUUCUGAAGGACACAGUGAAAUCAGUGUACGGGAACUGGGAGCAACUGAUCCUGGGAAGCUAGGGCUAAUUCAGAAGUCUUCUAUUAGCACCUCCUGCAGUUGCUCUUCAGUACCAUGAAGUUAGGCUAGACACGUCAAACCUCAGUGAUUGGGCAAUGUAAUCUGUGGAAGCCCAGAUACUCUCAAAGUCAUCAAACAGUGUUUAUAACUGUCAAAGAAAUUUGUGUGGAAAAUUUCUCCAGGGCUUCCCAGGUUGAUAAAAGGCAUGAAUUAUUAAGUUGUAAAGGUACUUGUUAGUGUUAACAACCAAUUAAGGUGUUACCAAGGAAUCUUUGGGAGUGCCUUCCCCUGAGCCCCAAAAUGGGCCCCAAAAGAUAAUUACUGAUUUAUUUUGUGCUGUCUCAUCUGUGAAACCUCUUUGUAAUACUGUAUCAACAUUACUUUAUUAUUCCCACAUAAUCAGGAACAUGUAAACAUGUACGUAUUUUAAUUACCAAGAAUUGGAAAUAAUAAUAAAAAAAAUGACCUAAAAUGUA